AUGACACACUCCUUUGAUAAUUUCCCAGGCGAGAUAUUAAACGUAGUUUUUGCUUAUUUACGUUCAGGCUUGGAUCUCCGCAGUCUCUCUCAAUGCGAACUUGUCUGCAAGAAUUGGAGUUUACCAGCUCAACAUUCUCUUUAUACAAAAGUCAUACUCCAAAGUGUUCACCAAGUGGAAACAUUAAUUGCUUCACUAAAAGAUACCUCCAAUUCAUCUCCUGGUAGAUUCACUCGAACGCUUGAAUUUUAUGGAGAUUUUGAGGCAGAUGAUAAUCGGGUGUCUUCGUGGGUUGAUUCUUUUAUUGAUAUUUUUCCUCAGGCAGAGGCUAUUUUCCCGCUAAAAUCGAAUCCUCGAUUUUAUAAUGCCAUCAUCAAAGCAUAUGAGUCCGGAAAAUGGAGGCACAUGAGAAGUUUUGGUACCUGUCCAGAGGAAUCUGUCGAAAAACACAACAUGUGUGCUUUGUUGCACAAGGAUACGCUCAAUAUCCUCAAUCUUCACGAUGGAAAAGCAAUCACGCCAGAAAUUAACUUGUACAAUAAACUGCACCUUUUUUCCAGUUUAAAACAACUAUACUUAGAAACAAACCACCGCAGUUUCUAUGAAUCUGUAGAACACAUCACUGAAAAUGUUCAGGAUUUGCAUCUCCUGUCUUAUGGAAAUUUAAUGGGGACGAAUUUCGACUCGCUGGCACCAUACAAACCCGUUGAUCUCUCCUCAGUCAUUCCUCAACCCAACAUCAAAAACCUUGAAAUGCACACUAUAGGUUUUGAAAGCGAAGAUUUUUUAUUGUACUUAAUGACAAAAUUUCCUGAACUAUAUUUUCUUAAAAUCAAUCCAGAUAUGGGUCCAAUUAUUCGACAUGAUCAACUUUUAGAUAAGAUCAAAUCAACAAAGAACAGUCUUUCAGCAGAUGUUAUUUCAAAAUUUAUGGUUUAUGUCACUAAAUGUCAAUCUUAUAAUGUUAAGAUGCUUUACACAACUGUAAAUGCCGAUGAAAUUUUGAAUAAGUACUGGGAGCAAAGUGAGAUUGAUGGGCCAAGAAUGGUAGCAAUUGCUUACACAGAAGCUUCAGAUUGGGGAAAUUUUGACGCUCAACGCGUGCCAAAUGAUACACAGAUGUAUAUAAAUUUAACCUAUAGUCCAGAGACAGCAGAAAGAAUCAUCUCACUAAACUAUAAAUCAUGGAAUGUCAGCUUACCUCAUCUCGAUGUGCUGGAAAAAUGUGGAACUGGCAUCGAUCGUCUUGUAUUUUGUUUGGAUCCUUUCAAAUGUGCAAAUGUGGCCAUCGGACAAAACGAGCAAAUGGAUGAUAUGGCCAAUGGUUAUUUCUUCAGCCAUAUUAUUGAAAAUUGUACUAGGCUCCAAAGCCUUUAUAUCUGCCAUUCACGGAUCCAAUUAUUUACGUCUGAUCAGCAUUCCUUUAUCAAUACCUGUCUUACGGAUUUAAGUCUUGAGCAUGUCUAUAUUUCAAAGGACAUCUUAUCACAAAUAUCGAAACGCCUUCCCUGCUUAAAAAGGCUGUCACUGGUGAACCUGUAUACAUGCAAAGAAGAAAUUCAAUUUGAGGCCGCCAGGUUCAAUUUUGUUAUUGAUAUGCCGGAAAGUUCAUUGCGAUUCUUUAAUCUUACGAAUCAUUUUUUGGAUAAUGUUUCUCUUACUCGCUACCCUACCAAAAUUCUUUUGAAAUUGUCCACGGAGGAUGGCGAUCUGUAUUACAAACAUGCUCCAAACAGACAAAUUGAGCUUAUGAAAAAAAACUUCCCUCGAAGUAUUCAAGACCCAAUUGACACAGAACCUGAGCAAGUAGUACCAGUGCAGUUAGCAAAAGACAGUCUAGCCAUUCCGAUUGAAGAAAAAGAAUAUAAUGAUGGCUUAAAAUCAGCAGAAUGUGCUAACAUUCAUGUCAAAUGUCGUUCAAUGAAUUAUCUAGCCUUGUCUUUAGAAAGAAUAAAUCCUCUUCUAUCUUGCGUCGUUAUACUGGUAGAUUUAGCUACUUACAAAAGCAUGGGUAAUAUGUCUGAAGACGAAAGACUAUUGGUUAUUCUGAAUAGUUUCCCUUUUUAA